GUUUUUGUUGCUUGAUUUCUGGCACAGUUGUUUCUCUUUUAUGCAAAGAUGUUUGUCAAAAAAAUCACUAAACCUUGUGUUUUGGGACUGAGAAAUGUGUUGGUACGCGGACAGGUUCUCUCUGCGGCUACUGCAAGACAACAACAUAGUCAGGCCCAGGAGCAUGGGCAGUCCAACACCUCAAUCCGUCCGGAGACCUCCAGCGCCAAGACCCUGAUGGACAUCGGGACCCGCCGGAUCUUUAACGAGGAUCAUGACAUCUUUAGGCAAAGCGUGAGGCGCUUCUUUCAAGAGGAGGUGGUUCCACACCACAAUGAAUGGGAGAAGGCAGGUCAGGUGAGCAGAGAGGUGUGGGAGAAGGCUGGUGAGCAAGGCCUGCUGGGAGUAAUGAUACCAGAGGAGCAUGGGGGCAUCGGAGGAGAUGUUUAUUCUGCAGCUAUCACCUGGGAGGAGCAAAUGUAUUGCAACUGCACUGGCCCAGGUUUUGCCUUGCACUCUGACAUCGUCAUGCCUUAUAUUGUCAAAUAUGGCUCUAAAGAACAAAUUGAGCGCUUUGCUCCCAACAUGACUGCUGGGAAAUGCAUUGCUGCGAUCGCCAUGACAGAGCCAGGAGCAGGAAGUGAUCUUCAGGGUGUGAGGACGUACGCCAAGAGGGAUGGCAGCGACUGGAUCCUGAAUGGCAACAAGGUGUUUAUCACAAACGGCUGGAUGGCCGACUUGGUGGUGGUUGUAACCGUGACCAAUCGUGAGGCCAAGACAGCAGCACACGGCAUCAGUCUGUUCCUGGUGGAAAACGGCAUGAAGGGCUUCCAGAAAGGACGCAAGCUGGAUAAGAUUGGUCUCAAGGCUCAGGACACAGCUGAACUGUUUUUUGAAGAUGUGCGACUCCCAGCUACGGCUCUCUUGGGCGAACUCAACAAAGGUUUCUACUACCUGAUGAAUGAACUACCACAGGAGCGUCUAGUGAUUGCUGACAUGGCCAUAGCAAGCUGCGAGUUUAUGUUUGAGGAAACUAGGAACUAUGUGUUGCAGCGGAAGGCUUUUGGAAAGACCAUCGCUCACCUGCAGACUGUGCAGCACAAGCUGGCAGAGCUGAAGACCGAGAUCUGUGUUGGCCGAGCCUUCGUCGAUAACUGCAUUCAGCUCCUCGCUGAGAAACGCUUGGAUCCCUCCACAGCUUCUAUGGCUAAGUAUUGGGCAUCAGACCUUCAGAACAAGGUGGCCACUCAGUGCCUGCAGCUCCACGGAGGCUGGGGCUACAUGUGGGAAUACCCAAUCGCUAAAGCAUUUGCUGACUCGCGCGUUCAGCCCAUCUACGGAGGGACCAAUGAGAUUAUGAAAGAGCUCAUCGCCCGCGGUAUCGUCAGCCAGAAGUGAGACAUUCGGAGGUUUGGAAGAGCAGCAGGGGGAAAGGGCUGCUUCGUAAGGAUGCCUGGAGAAGUUUUUUUUUUUUUUUUUUUAUGCCAAUAAAUGUGACCUGGAGAGGCCUUAAAAUGUCAAAAUGUAGUUAAAUAAUGCAUGGAUUUAUUCAAGCUUAUCAUGGCAUUAAGGCAAGACUGUACCUUUAAAUAAAAAAAAGAAAAAAAGUCUAAUUUCAUUCAGUUUAAUUAGCAGUUAUACUGUUGCUGCUGCACUUCCUCUAUUAUGACUGUUUAUGUAAAUGUACAGAGAAGAACAGAUUUUAAAUAUAAUGCACUAAAAGUUAUUUUGUAUAAAUGUGUUAUUAGCUGGUUGUGUUUCAAAUCUGUACACUGACCUUGUGCACCUAAUUAAA